UCUCUCCCUCUCUCUGUUGCUCCCGCGACAAAAACAACGACUGGACAUGACAGCUGCACGGUGACAACAUUAAAGAAGACCCGUGCUGACCCAUACAAGUAUUAAUAUAGCAAAUUAGACCCAAUAAUGGGUUUUAUUUCACGUUUGUUCCGUACGAACGGCGGCAGCCUCUUGAAAACCCGAGGUCUGCCUACACUUGCUCAGUCCUGAGCGGCUUCCGGCUAAGCUAGCUCGCGAUCUCCAAAUCAUUGCUAAAGCUCGGGUUUUAUUUCUUAGCAUUAACUUAAAGUAUAUUUUGUUGGUGUUCUUGCCGUCACGUGUUUAAACCACGCGAGUAUGGCUCAUACGGGUGGAGCAGCGGAAGACGCGACUGGUUGCUCGAUGAAGCUGCGCUCCUCCGCCAGCGUCGGCCUCAGGAGCGGCUCGUGCUCCGGCGAGAGGCUCGAGCAGCUCCGCGCGGUGAAAUCAACGCUGCUUGAGCGGCUGGGACCGCACGAGCGCACGCUCACCUAUCUGCAGUAUGUAUUGUUGUGGGAGAGACCCUUUCACAGCGUCCUAUUGUACACGGCCGCCAACGUCAUGUUCUGGUUUUUUGCUCUGAGCUCUCUGAGGUCGCUCUUUCUGCUGGCAUCAGGUCUGGCCCUGGGAGUUUGUGUCGACACAUGGAGGAAUAAGAUCUGGCCUAAGAUCAGAGUUAAAAGACAAGAUGAGAGUGAGAAUGAAAGCUGGGGUCUGGUGCAACCUGGGACUUUGAGUGUGCCUGAAUUAUGCCACCACCUGGCUGAGAUUUGGGUUACAGGGUCUUCCUGUGCAACAGAUAUUGUGCAGUUCAAACGACAAAAUCCAGGGAAGUUUUGUAUGCUGUUUUGUGGCCUGUUCACCUUAGUGGCCAUGGUGGGGCGCUACAUCCCUGGACUGGUGCUCUCAUAUGUGGCUUUGCUGGGUGUGUUGCUGUGCCCACUGGCAUUGUAUUAUCGGCUAUGGCAGCGUGGAUGUGUGAAGCUGGAGCCAGCCCUGCAGUGGCUGGACUUCAGCGCCAAAGGAUACAUGAUGUUAAAGCCCAUAGAAAACCCGUUUCUUCGAAAGCCCAUCAGGAGAGGGACCUCAGAUGAUGCUAGUGACAGCGAAGAGGAACUGGCUGCGUUCUGCCCAACGUUUGAUGAAGCAUUGGUUGAUAAGGAACUGGCACUGACUGACUCUGAGCACUCGGAUGCAGAGAUGUCGUACAUGGAUAACGGCACCUUUAACCUCUCCAGGGGUCAAACGCCCCUCACAGAGGGCUCGGAGGAUUUAGACAGGCACAGUGAUCCAGAGGAAUCAUUUGCCUGUGGGCUUCCAGACUUUCCCUCCAUCAACCCAGAUGCCACCCUGAUGGAGGACGAUGAUGAUGCCAGCUUCGGGCUGCCCAGUCUCAACUCAGCCGCGUUCUCCGGCCCUCGCGGCUCUACUACCUCUGCCCUGUUGGAUCUGGACACCCAGAUGGACUCUGAUCAGGAAGACCUCGACCCCGAGAUCUCCCUAGGCUCCCUAAAUACUACCUCUGACCUUGCUAGUAACCUGGCAGGGGUCAUCGCCAGCAACAUGAUCCAGGCAGCCAUCGCAGGAGCCAUGCAGCCCCGGCCACCGCAAGGUCGUCGGAGAGAGAGUGGCCCACGGCCAGGAGCAGCUCCGAGGGGAUUCAGAAAGCAGUCGAGCUCGGAGCUGGACACAGACCUGGACUUUGAUGGAGAGGACUUUGAGAUGUUGGACCAGUCCGAGCUGAACCAGUUGGAUCCUUUGGGAGGUGGUGGUCAGGGAGGUCAGAACAGAAACCAGGGGUCGAGUUUCCUGUCCAACUUGCUGGGGAAGCCACAGUGAGCCCAUCUUACAGAUGCUCCCUCCGUCUGUCUGCUCCUCAUGUCCUUGCACCUUGAUCCAA